AUGCUGUGGCUCUGGGGACAUACUCUGGGCUCUAACUCUCCUCUGUCUGCUCUUGGUCUCACAGGCAUUCUGGAAUUUAUCAGUAUAGCAGUUGGCCUGGUCAGCAUUCGUGGCGUGGACAGUGGACUCUACCUCGGCAUGAAUGAGAAGGGAGAGCUGUACGGAUCAGAAAAACUAACACAAGAGUGUGUGUUCCGAGAACAGUUUGAAGAGAAUUGGUACAACACCUAUUCUUCCAACCUGUACAAGCACGUGGACACCGGAAGGAGAUACUAUGUUGCAUUAAAUAAGGAUGGGACUCCAAGAGAAGGGACCAGGACUAAACGGCACCAGAAAUUUACACAUUUUUUACCUAGACCAGUGGACCCUGACAAAGUACCUGAACUAUAUAAGGAUAUUCUAAGCCAAAGUUGACAAAGACAGUGUCUUCACUUGAGCCCUUAAAACAUAACCACUAUCAAUGCUUUCCUGCGGUGGGUUCUUAUUGAUUAGCAGGGCCGUCACCUCAGCUCCACUGUUGCCAAACUUUGUCGCAUGCAUAUGUAUGAUGGAAGCUUGGAUGGGGACUUGCUGAUUUGCUCUGCACUUAUGGGCUGGUCCUCCUGGAGGGCUGCCUGGGGCCACUUGCUUGAUUUAUUGUGAAAGCAGGGGAGAGGCUGCGUGAGAGGGUGUGAGUACCUGAGCGGGGGAGGCGAGGGGGACAGCAGCGCGCCAAGAGGACAGCGGCCUGAUGCAUGCUGGGAAAUAGACAUGCUUUUACAUUUUUGAUCAGUUGAACUUCAUCCUAUAUCAGCACAGCUGCCAUACUUCAACUCAUCAGGAUUUUUGGCUGGUGGCCUGCUCAAGGGAGCACGUCUUUCCACAGGCGUGGAGGGCGCAGUCUCACUGAAAAGACUGUCAGUUCAUUCUCACUGAUAUCAUACAGUGAACUCAAAGCAAAGACCUCUUAGUUUAAAAGAAAAAAAAAAGAAAGAAGAAAAGAAAAAAAGAAAAAAAAGAAAAAAAGAAAAAAGGUUAAAUUUAUUUAUAGAGAUUCCAAAGGCAACAUUUUAUUUAUUUUAUAUAUUUAUUUAUUAUAUAGAGUUUAUUUUUAAUGAAAUAUGUACAGGCCAGAUAGGCAUUUUGGAAGCUUUAGGCUCUGUAGGUGUUAAAUGGCAAAGUCGGCUAUGAACCUGUGGUAACUUCAUGCAAGUAGGUAUCCAAGAAAUUCUAAUGGCCCUAAUGUACUAAAGGCGACAAUCUAUUUUGUGCCCAUAUUAUUGUAAACUUCUGCACAUCGCUCACGACACUGAGUAUUCACUCUUCAGAUCGCUUGUUUCAUAGCUUACUCCAGAGGAUUAAAGAUAAACUGGGUCUCAACCCUUCA